UUGUGUGUGGGUGGGAAGUCGACAAUGAGCUCCGUGGCAGUUUUGACCCAGGAGAGCUUCGCUGAACACCGCAGCGGCCUGGCUCAGCAGCAGGUGAAAGUUACAGCUUUAAACUCCGAAGAAGAGAAUGAUCCUCCAACCUACAAGGAAGCCUUCCCUCCGCUCCCUGAGAAAGCACCAUGUUUGGAAGCUGCCCAGGAACCUGCUGGGCCCUGGAGCAAAAUCCGACCAAUAAAGGCUUCUGUCAUCACUCAGGUGUUUCAUGUGCCACUGGAGGAGAGGAAAUACAAGGACAUGAAUCAGUUCGGAGAAGGCGAGCAGGCCAAGAUCUGCCUUGACAUCAUGCAGAAGACAGGAGCUCACCUGGAGCUGUCUCUCGCAAAGGACCAGGGCCUUUCGAUCAUGGUCUCUGGCAAGCUGGAAGCAGUCAUGAAGGCUCGGAAGGAGAUUGUCGCUCGGCUGCAGACUCAGGCUUCAGCAACAGUUGCCAUCCCCAAGGAACACCAUCGUUUUGUCAUUGGAAAGAAUGGCGAGAAGCUGCAGGACCUGGAGCUCAAAACUGCAACCAAAAUCCAGAUCCCCCGCCCAGAUGACCCCAGCAACCAGAUCAAGAUCACCGGCACUAAAGAAGGGAUUGAGAAGGCCCGACACGAGAUCCUGCUUAUAUCUGCUGAGCAGGAUAAGCGUGCUGUGGAGCGGCUGGACGUGGAGAAAGUGUACCACCCCUUUAUUGCUGGCCCUUACAACAAGCUGGUGAGCGAGCUCAUGCAGGACACAGGGACGCGCAUCAACAUUCCUCCACCCAGCGUCAACAAGACAGAGAUAGUCUUCACAGGAGAAAAGGAGCAGCUAGCCCAAGCUGUGGCUCGUGUUAAGAAGAUCUAUGAGGAGAAGGCCAACAGUUUCACCGUCUCCUCGGUCUCUGCCCCCUCUUGGCUUCAUCGUUUCAUUAUUGGAAAGAAAGGACAAAACCUGGCCAAAAUAACUCAGCAGAUGCCAAAGGUUCACAUCGAAUUCACUGAAGGAGAGGAUAAAAUCACUUUGGAAGGACCUACAGAAGAUGUGAAUGUGGCCCAGGAACAGAUUGAAGUCAUGGUCAAGGAUCUGAUCAACCGGAUGGAUUAUGCAGAAAUCAACGUUGACCACAAAUUCCACCGACACCUCAUUGGCAAGAAUGGAGCUAACAUUAACAGGAUUAAGGACCUCUACAAGGUGUCUGUGCGCAUUCCCCCGGACAAUGAGAAGAGCAACCUGAUCAGAAUUGAAGGAGACCCACAGGGGGUCCAACAGGCCAAGAAAGAGCUGCUGGAACUCGCUUCCCGUAUGGAAAAUGAACGCACCAAGGACCUAAUAAUUGAGCAGAAAUUCCACCGGACCAUCAUUGGGCAGAAGGGCGAGCGGAUCCGGGAAAUCCGGGAGAAAUUCCCAGAGGUUAUCAUCAACUUCCCAGACCCUGCGCACAAAAGUGACAUCGUCCAGCUUAGAGGCCCCAAAAAUGAGGUGGAGAAGUGCACCAAGUACAUGCAAAAGAUGGUGGCAGACCUGGUUGAAAACAGCUUUUCUAUUUCUGUCCCCAUCUUCAAACAAUUCCACAAGAACAUCAUAGGGAAAGGAGGUGCCAACAUCAAGAAGAUCCGUGAAGAAAGCAACACCAAAAUUGAUCUCCCAGCAGAGAACAGCAACUCGGAGACAAUUGUUAUCACAGGCAAGAGAGCAAACUGCGAGGCUGCUCGCCACAGAAUUCUUGCCAUCCAGAAGGAGCUGGCCAACAUCACAGAGGUGGAGGUCUCUAUUCCUUCCAAACUGCACAAUUCCCUCAUUGGCGCCAAAGGCCGCUUCAUCCGCUCCAUCAUGGAGGAGUGUGGUGGAGUCCACAUCCACUUCCCCACCGAGGGCUCUGGCAGUGACACUGUGACCAUCAGGGGCCCAGCCCAGGAUGUGGAGAAAGCCAAGAAACAGCUGCUCCACCUGGCAGAGGAGAAGCAAACGAAGAGUUACACUGUGGACCUACGUGCAAAGCCUGAGUACCACAAAUUCCUUAUUGGUAAGGGCGGUGGCAACAUCCGUAAGGUGCGUGACAACACUGGGGCCCGCAUCAUCUUCCCAACCUCUGAGGACAAGGAUCAGGAGCUGAUCACUAUCAUGGGAACAGAGGAAGCUGUCAAAGAGGCACAGAAGGAGUUGGAGGCCCUCAUCAAGAACCUGGAUAACGUGGUUGAAGACUCCAUGGUGGUUGACCCCAAGCACCACCGCCACUUUGUCAUCCGGAGGGGCCAAGUUCUGCGUGAGAUUGCAGAUGAGUAUGGUGGUGUGAUGGUCAGCUUCCCGCGCUCUGGCACCCAGAGCGACAAAGUCACCCUCAAGGGAGCCAAGGACUGUGUGGAGGCAGCCAAGAAACGCAUCCAGGAGAUCAUCGAGGACCUGGAAGCUCAAGUGACAAUCGAGUGCACCAUCCCACAAAAGUUCCACCGCUCCAUUAUGGGCCCCAAAGGAUCCCGGAUCCAGCAGAUCACCCGAGACUAUGGUGUCCAGAUCAAAUUCCCUGACAGGGAGGAGAACCCAGCCCCUGUUGCAGAGCCAGCUGUACAGGAGAAUGGUGAGGAAGGUGGGGAAGGCAAGGAUGGGAAGGAUGCAGAUCCCAGCUCUCCAAAGAAGUGCGAUAUCAUCAUCAUCUCUGGCCGCAGAGAGAAGUGCGAGGCAGCAAAGGAGGCGCUGCAGGCUCUGGUUCCUGUCACCAUUGAGGUGGAAGUUCCCUUUGAUCUUCACCGUUACAUCAUUGGCCAGAAAGGAAGUGGGAUCCGCAAAAUGAUGGAUGAGUUUGAAGUGAACAUCCAGGUCCCUGCUCCUGAGCUGCAGUCCGAUAUCAUCACCAUCACUGGGUUGGCUACCAACCUGGACCGUGCCAAGGCUGGGCUGCUGGAAAGAGUGAAGGAGCUGCAAGCCGAACAAGAGGAUCGGGCCUUGCGAAGCUUCAAGCUGACAGUCACUGUGGAUCCCAAGUAUCACCCUAAAAUCAUUGGGCGGAAGGGAGCGGUGAUCACCCAGAUACGCACAGAGCAUGAGGUCAACAUCCAGUUCCCUGACAAGGAUGAUGAAAGCCAGGCCCAAGACCAGAUCACCAUCACUGGCUAUGAGAAGAAUGCCUAGGCAGCCCGGGAUGCCAUCAUGAAGAUCGUUGGCGAACUGGAGCAGAUGGUCUCUGAGGAUGUGACUCUGGACCAUCGUGUUCACGCACGCAUCAUUGGUGCACGUGGUAAAGCCAUCCGCAAAAUCAUGGAUGAGUUCAAGGUGGAUAUUCGCUUUCCCCAGAGUGGAGCUCCUGACCCCAACUGUGUGACUGUGACAGGACUCCCCGAGAAUGUGGAAGAAGCUAUUGAUCACAUCCUGAACUUGGAGGAGGAGUAUCUUGCAGAUGUGGUGGACAACGAGGCGAUGCAGGUGUAUAUGAAGCCCUCUUCACAUGAAGAAUCCAAGGCUCCAUCCAAGGGCUUUGUGGUGAGAGAUGCUCCCUGGGCCACUGUCAACAACGAAAAGGCCCCUGAUAUGAGCAGUUCUGAAGACUUCCCCAGCUUUGGGGCUCAAGUGGCCCCCAAGACUCUUCCCUGGGGACCCAAACGAUAAUGACCUGGAAGCAGAAACUCCUCCAGCCCGCUGACCUGACACUAACCUGCCACAAAUACUUCCUGUCUGAAAUCUGACCCAGCGGCUGGAGCACAAGUCAAUUGCCCCAAGAGGUCUCCUAAUGGUGUCUGGAGUGCUAGACCCCAUCCUGCUCCCCUCAGCUAUCACCGUGGCUAGGACCCACCCUCAUCUCUUGAUGGAUAUUCUUUCCUCCUUUGGAACAAGACUUCCACUCAGAUUCAAACACUAAAUGUGUGUGGUUUUGUUAGAAAUUUCAUGAUUGACUCAAAGUGGCUAAGAUUUGCAGCUUCCCAAGCGCUAGCAGAGCAAUCUGCUCUCUUGAGCAUGUCUUACUAGGCAUUCUCGCCUUCAUUAGGAGACCUCCUUUACUGUGGCUAGGAAUCUACUUCCUGUCUCAUGACCUCAGGAAAUAAAUUUCCUUGACUUUCUAAAGCCAAAA